GCGCAAACGGGCAACGACGACUCAGCCGGCAGGCAACCAAGAAACAACUGCUGCUUUAUCAGUUUCUUCCAUCCACCCCAAAGAUCACAGGACAAGGAGAGAAAGGGAGUGAUAUUUUCAGAGAUUUCCGAGGAGAGUGGAAAGAGAUCGAUCGGCCAAGAACCGAAGAUGUGCAUGGACCGAUCCCCGGUGCCGGCCAAGAAGAUAUGGCUCGCCAUCGCGUCCCGCCUCGGCCUCCGGCCGACAGCUGGGCUUAGGAACCUGAGGAAGGAGGUGAGGACGUGCGAGUACCGCGACGUCCACAUCAUGUGGGAGAUGUUGAGGGAGAUGGACUCCCCGGUGCCCCUGGAGGAGAAGCAGGCCGCCGGGGCCGCGGCCGUCGCGGCGGCCGCCGGCGCCAGGAAGAAGAAGGCGGCGUGGAGCCGCUUCGUCUACUACUGCUGCGCGUUCUGAGCUCGAGGACGUGAUAGCUGAAAGUGGAGAUUGGACAGCUGGAUCCGCAUCGUCAGAAUUAGAGCAGGCGCAGAGAGGCCGUGUGUAGAUAGAAACUAGGUCGACUGCCAGUUCUUCGCCGUGUUGGGUCACUUCAUGUCGAAGUAGCCGGAGCUCUUCUUCGCCUGGAUCUCGAGUCCACCACAGAUCUGCAUCACCUUCUUCCCCACCGUCUGCGGCUUGGCUUAGAUGUACUUGAAGAGCACCCAGUUGGGCGGGAGCCAAGAAACCCCUUGCACAAUGUGAUGAAGCACGAGAGGUGUGCCACCCGGUUGUUUUUUUUUUGGAUUAAGCCAGUUUUAUUA